UUUAGACUGUGGUGUAGUCUGCCUGACGGCGGGUGAGGCGCCGGACGGGAUGCGUCUCCUCUGGUCUCUUCCUCUCUAUCUUUACCUCAUUUGGGCCGAGUCAGUCAUCACAGGAACCAAGGUGGAAAUAAGUGGGCGGAACCUGACAAAAGAAUGAAGAAAAAUUGUAAUGUGGAAUUUGAAUUAACUCUUUCAAGACUUGCAUCAAGCAAAGAAAUUAAUAGAAACGAACUAUUGCCUGUGAUGGCAUUUUGAUGAAAUACCAUUUAUAUAGAAAUGUGCUUCAAUAUAAAAUGUAAUUUGUUGCUAAAAUGUAUAAAAAGUUAUAUUAAUUAGAGCACAAUAUAUAUCUGCGUGUGAGAUUUUUGCAAGUGUAUAAUGAUGAUAAUAUCUAAGUAGAAAAACUCAGGCAGCCAAAACUUGCUGAUUACAUGCAUGUCUUAUGCUAAAGGAAAAAAAAAAGUUCACUGACACUCGUAAAAUGAAUAAUACAGCAGUAACUUGUGUAAAAAAAGUAUGGUUCAAUAAGUUUUAUUUGUAUAAUGAAAAUUUAUAGAUUCUAUCAAAAUUGUAUAAGAUAUAUCAUGAUACGAACCAGUUUGAUGAAAGAAGCAAAAAAUUUGGAUGUAUGUCAUUAAAUUCUUAAAGUGGGGAAGAUUCCUAAUUAAAUUAAUGAACAAAAUAAUUAUUAGUGUGGAAUUAGUGGGAAGAACUUUGCAUUUGAAUAUAAGUAAACUUAAAAGCUAAAAUGGAAGAAUUACCUCAAGACUCUUGUGCUGUUCCACCAGGACAGGAAGACCUGGAGAAUUCAAUAUGUGAAAAUGUGUUUGAACAGCAGUGUGAUCCUAGUACUCUUUUAUUAAAUGAUCCUACAGAUAAGUCAUUUCAAUGCACUUUGUGUGAAAAGGUGUUUUCACAGAAAGGCUCCCUGAAGAGACACUUUCAAACUCAUACAGGUGAAAAACCAUUUGGUUGUCCUAUAUGUGGUAAGUUGUUUUCGAGAGAGAGCAACUGUAAAGAACAUAUGCUUAUUCAUACUGGAGAAAAACCAUUUCAAUGUUCUUUAUGUGAUAAAGGAUUUACUCAGAAAGGUACACUUGCAAAGCACUUCUAUUCUCACACUGGGGGCAAGCCAUUUGAAUGUUCUGAAUGUGGGAAAGCAUUUGCACGUAUUGGUGAACGAAAUAUGCACAUGGUGGUUCACACAGGAGAGAGGGCAUAUGAAUGUGCCUUAUGUGGAACAGCAUUUGGACAAAAAGGUUCGCUUAAAAGACACAUGCAGACUCACUCGGGAGAGAAGCCUUUUGAAUGCUCUUUGUGUGGAAAGUCAUUUGCUCGCAAUAGUAAUUUGAAGGUGCACAUGAAAAAUCAUGCAGGAGAAAAAUCUUUUGCAUGUUCUAUAUGUGGGAAAAGUUUUGCACAGAAAAGCACCUUGAGCAAGCAUGUCUUCACACACUGUACAGAGAAAUCGCUAGAAUGUCCAAUAUGUGGCAAGGCAUUUGUGCAUAAAGGUCAGAUAAAAUCUCACAUGCUUAGUCACACUAAAGAAAAAGAAUACGAGUGUCGAUUGUGUGGGAAAAGUUUCACACACAAAGGUUCGCUUGAAAAGCACAUUUUCAUUCAUACUGGGCAGAAGCCAUUCAAGUGUACCGAGUGUGGAAAAGUGUUUACUCAGAAAGGCCACUUGACUACACAUAUGUUAAUUCACACUGGAGAAAAACAAUUUGAAUGUAAAGAUUGUGGAAAACCAUUUGCUCGAAACAGUGAUCUAAAGGCACACAAGGUUGUACAUAGUGGGGAAAAACCAUUUGAGUGCCCAUUAUGUGGGAAAUGUUAUACACACAAAAGCAAUGUUAGUAAACAUAUACGAACUCAUACUGGUGAAAAACCCUUUGAAUGUUCUGUGUGCGAAAAAAAGUUUGUCCAGAAAAACUCACUCAAGAAACAUAUGCAAUCCCAUGCUGAAGAAAAGUGAUGUUCAUUUACAAUCAUUAAUUUCAUUAACUUAAACAUUUCAGUCUAAUGAAACUUAACAAAAUGGUAUGAAAAACUCCAUGUUAAACACCUUAAACUUAAAGGUGGUGCCAAAUAUUAUAAGUAUGCAUCUACAACCGAAAAUUUUAUUUAUUUAAGUAAUUGACUGGUAUUUACACUGUAUUCUUCUAACUGGAAAUUUAUUAACAAAUCUGUUACAAGUGUAAGAAUAAUUGCAAAAAAGUUUGUAAUAUAAACCAGGAAUAUGAUCAUUUGCAUCAAGUAAAUAAAUAAUUUUGAUUUAAAGCUACCCAAAUUAUAAGGGGAGCAGGACGACACUGCAGUGUUGCACCUGCUUUUACACUUUGCAGUGGUCUUGUCAAUACGGUAUGGUCAACACCUUAUUUUUAUCUGUAUUGAAUACUGGUUAAAAAAAAAAACUUUCUCGAUUGCAGUUUUAUUCCAUUAUUAUUAGGUCAUUUUGUCAAAGGCCAAAGUGAGCUCUUAUGAUCUCCAUGUAUCUAGAUUGUCGGAUACUAUAUGCCAUCUAGUUUGGGAUUUCUAGUAUUUAUUAGAAUUUACCAUUUUUAGUCACAUUGUUCACUUUUCUGUGAAAAGUUUUAGUAUGUUUAAUAUAUGGGUUGCCUCUAGCAAUUGUUAGUAUUCAAAGCAGCAUGGUGCACAAAUGUAUCUUGCCCAGAAUAACUAC